AUGCAUCCAAUCACGUUUGAAAAUACCGGAGGGUCGCUUUCCAACGAGAAAGGUUAUGGCGAAGACAAUGAAGACUGUCCUCAUUGCAGAAAUCAGUCUCUCAAAUCAAUAUCGUCCAGAAGAUUGCAAUCAUGGGCUAUUCUAAUUAUCACGUGCGGCAUGGUGGCGGCAUUCACUCUAAUCGGCAUGGCUUCAUUGCUCACCUCAAGUCGAAGUAACUUUACCAAACUUCCAGAAAUUACAGUAAAUCAUCGACCGUCAUUGUGGACUCCAUUUGCAGAUGGGAUCCAGUACGAGAUUGAAACAGCUUCGCCUGAUCUCUGGGCCAAUGAUAUUUACAUGGGAGAGCCAUGCGACGAAUCAGAACGCGCAUGGAAUAGGCUUAUACAUCCAAAUCGAGGCCAUGGCGUUCGACUUUACCGUGAAGAAGCUGCGCGGCUAGAUAUCAACAAGAGUAUACUUUUACCAGACAACAAUUUCGCUGUCAUUCUUACGGUCCAUCAUAAUCUUCAUUGUCUGAGACGACUCCGACAGUCCUUCUUUCCAGAACACUACUAUGCCAACUGGACAGACGAAGAUCUAGCAGACGACCGACAUCACGCAUUACAUUGCCUCGAAUCUCUCCGUUCAUCCAUGAUCUGUCAGCCGGAUCUGGCACCGCUUCCCUACUACUGGUCUGGUAAUAUUAGACAUGACAUGAACGCAAGUCCACAAUCCAAACGCGAAUGUGUUAAUUGGGAUGUCUUUUCGGAAUAUUUGAAAGGGAGAAGCUAUCAUAGGUCCGAAAUGAUUCAUGAUUGA